GUCAAGUGUCAAAAUAGGGACUCACCGUUCUGUAUUAAUUUCUAGAAAAUGGCAGCAAUUGAGAAAGUAAAGGUUGUUGUUCUUGGUGAUUCAGGGGUUGGCAAGACAUCUUUAAAUCACCUUAUAGCACAUCACAAACCAUUACUAUCGCCAGGAUGGACCGUCGGCUGCUCCGUAGAAGUUAAGUUACAUAGGUACAAGGAAGGAACACAGGCACAAAAUACAUUUUUUGUCGAGCUUUGGGAUGUUGGAGGUUCUAAUGGUCAUAGAAAUACCAGAAAUGUAUUUUAUCAGCCUACGCAUGGUAUAAUUCUAGUACACGAUUUAACAAACAGGAAAAGUCAAAUCAACUUACAAAAAUGGCUCUCCGAAAUAAUAAACCAGGAUAGUUUAGGCCCUGCUCUGCAGCACGUCGAGGUGGAUCCAGAACAGUUUUUAGGCUCUACACAGAUACCAAUACUUGUCAUUGGCACUAAAUACGAUUUGGCCGAAGAGGCACAAAAGAAAAAUCAAUAUAGACGACUAGCUAGCAGUAUUGCGGAGCAAUGCGGAGCUGAUGAAAUAUUUGUAAAUUGUCACCAAGUCAGAUCCUUAGCACCGGGCACCAGCAACUCGGUGAAACUUACAAGAUUCUUUGACAAGAAUCACAGAAACCGGAGCAAAUAUACAAAGAGGAACUGCAGUUCUCAAUGUAGCACUGCUUCUACCAGUGUCGCACUGACGUCACUCGUUAGUAGUAAAGCACCAAAGGCGCUGUUAUCAGUUGGAUAAUUUUUGAUGUGUUCUUUCAUUCGGCUCGCUAUUGUCCGCUUCGUUUGGCCAAUAUACGAACUACCACAACUGCAGUCCAUCUUAUAUACACCAGGUUUCUCCAAAGGGAAGUUGCCUUUGGGAGAUCGUAGAAACUGUGACACUUUUUGUAAAGGAGUGAAGACAGUAUUCAGUGAGUACUUAUUAAGUAUGUUCGAGAUCUUGUCUGUCACUCCUUUGAUAUAUGGCAAAAAUACUGGUUGCCUGCCUACUUUGUGUGUCUGGUGCCUUAAUUUGUGUUUGGGUGGAAACUGUCCCUUGUAUCCAUUAUUCUGUAGGACCUGCCGUACAUACUCCAACUCUUCGUGCAGGUGUUCCUUGUCACACAAGUCAUAUGCACGGUUCGUCAGUGAAGUCACUACAGAGUUUAGAUGUCUAGCGUGGUGAUGCGAGGAGGCGUUGAGAUAACGGUCUGUGUGUGUGGGUUUGCGGUGAAUGGAAUGACUCAGCGA